CAUAAUGCGUAUCGGCAGGCUUUAUUAUUUUACAAAAACGCCUUGUAAGCAAUGGAAGCAUUUUUCAACAGUUUCUUCACCCGUUGCACAUGUUCAGGUGUCGUACACAACUUACCCAGACCAUAAGAACACAAUUGACGUUAAGAAAACCCCACUUAUAUUCCUUCAUGGUCUGUAUGGUGCUAAAGGACAUUUGCACAGUCUAUCAAAGCAUCUUGCUAGUGAUGGCAGGAAGGUGAUUACAUAUGAUGCUCGUAACCAUGGUGACAGCCAGCACACACCUGAGUUGAACUAUGACUGUAUGGCGGAUGACUUGGAAGGUUUAAUCAAAGACUUAAAGCUAACGAAUGUCGCUGUAAUGGGCCACAGCAUGGGGGGAAAGACAGCUAUGACUUUGGCUCUAACUAAGCCUGAAACAGUAAACGCCGUGAUAGCGAUUGAUGUAGUCCCAGGCAACAGUCCAGGAGCAGAGGAGUUACGCAAGCAUGGAGAGGCGAUGAAAAACUUUAAAAUACCUCCUGGGACAUCAAUUGUCAAAGCAAGAAAACUGGCAGACGUCCAGCUAAGCCCAGUCAUUACUAAUCGUGCAGUUCUCCAGUUUCUCCUGACCAACUUGAGAGAGUUUGAGAAUGGAGAAAUAAAAUGGAGGAUGAACUUAGAUGUUAUCCUCAACAAUUACGAUUUCAUCCACCAGUUCCCCCAUGAAGAGGCUCAACCUUUCACAAAACCAGCCCUGUUUAUUUUUGGUACCAAAUCCCCACACUACACAUCUGAAGGGGUUGAUAGGGUACGUAAGCUGUUCCCCAAUGCUGAUAUAACUUCCAUUGAAGAUGCCGGGCAUGCUGUACAUGCUGAAAAACCUAUUGAAUUUGUGAAUGCUGUGAAAACAUUUUUGAACUCUCUGGAUGAAAAACCAAGGUGAUGUUAGACCAGUGCAUUUUUGGUUUCCUUAACAAUUUAGUCAUUCCUCUUAGAAUUUUAUA